UCAGUUUUCUGCAAAAACGUGAUAUCACGAGUGUACCACAGUUUUAUUGCAAACAUAUCUUUAAAUUCAGUGAUAUUUUUUGUUAUUAUACUGUGGUAAAGCAAUAUAACUCGGUUUUCUUGAAAAAAUGUUUCAAAUGCAACUUUUUAUAAAAUCUGAUAUCACGUUGUUGUUGAAAUAAUAACAUUUUUGAAUUGUGAUAUCAUAAGGUGUAACAUUGUUGAUGAUGAAUGGUUUUUUAUUACAAGAAAUGAGUGAUGGUCAUUUAUUGUUGUUCCGUUUUUAUAGAUAUGUUUCUUAUUUCAAUGCAAUACAUAAUGAUUUAUCACGUUGUAAGCACUAAAAGAAAAUACUAUUAAGACUUAUUUUUUCAGAUGGGGACGCGGUCCAAAUACUUAGUUUUAUUAGCAACAAAAGAAAAUAAUGACGGAGAACAAAGCAAUUCCAUUUCUCAAAUGGAAAUACAUGAAAAUGAAAGCGACAACAAUAAUAUCGAGCAAGGCGAUUCAACUUUUCCAAUGGAAACUAACUAUGAAAGCAACCGAAAUGAGGAGGUGACUGGUUGCAGCGCUGCAGCAGUUGCCGAAUACAAAGAAGACUCAAUGGUCACUAAUCGUCGCCGUUGUGAAUCAACUAGUAGUAGCACCAGUAGUUCCUCAAGUAGCAGUAGUUCAUCAAGCAGUGGUCCGUCUUUCUACGAAGAUAGUGAUGAUUCCGUAAAAGACCCCAACUAUGAAAUUAUGAAACCAGCACGUGUGAGCUCUUCAGAAUCUGACGACAACAAUGACGUCUAUACCAACAUCGACUUUCGAAAGGAUCAAGACGUUUUUCAUUCUAGUGCAGCUACUGUAAGCACAGUACUCAAUGCUAUAGACCUGAAUGUGACCCCAACAGAUGAGCAUGAAAUUGUAUUUCAUACCGUAAAUCAACAGGACCUGCUAAUAUCAGAAAAUGAACCACCUGCCGUCGAAAAUGUUAGCACCACGCAAGUAGAGUCAAAUGAACCAGAUAAUACCCCUACUAAAAAAGGUAAAAAAAGGCCCAAAAGAGAAUUAUUAUGGAAAAAAAAUGUUGCGAAGCGACUAAGAAACUGUGGAAAAUCAUACAAAUCAACAAAAACUAAUAAAAUUAUACCGGAACGUAAACUAAAACCAUCUUGCAAAGAAACAUGUACAUUUAAAUGUGGAUCUAAUAUCACUGAGGAGCAAAGACAACAACUUUUAAAAGAAUACUGGGAUUUAGGCGAGAUUGAAAAGCAAUGGUCUUUCAUCGCAAACAAUAUCGAAGUAGUCGUCCCUAAACAUCGAUACGUUAAAGUUAAUCCGGACGGAACCAUAGCAUUAAAUCGUGAUAAUAAUAAUGCUUUCUUUUUGACUGUUUCUGGAGUGAAGAUUAGAGUAUGUAAACUGUUUUUUAAGAACACUUUGGGGAUUAAUAAUCGCCCUAUAGAGACGGCUUUAAAGAAAAAAAAUAAAGAUACUAACAUUUCAUUAAUGAAAGAUAAUCGUGGGUGUCAUCAAAAUCACAACAAAGUGGAUGAAAAUAUAAAAGAUGGUGUAAGAGUGUUUAUUGAGUCAAUACCAAAAAUUGAAUCGCACUACAUUCGUGCUAACUCGAAAAGACAUUACAUCGAUGGUAGCAAAGCUAUUACAGAUCUCCAUAGGGACUAUGUUGAACAAUGUAAAUCCCAAAAUACCCGUUUUGCAACAUACUUGAUGUUCUAUCGCAUAUUUACACAAGAAUUUAACAUUUCAUUCUUUAUUCCAAAAAAAGACUUGUGCGAUAUAUGCGAAGUAAAUAAAAAUAGUACAGCUGAAGAGAAGGAGUUAGGAAAAGAAAUCUAUGAGAUGCAUCUAAGAGAAAAGCAAUUGUCACGAAUUGAGAAGGCAAACGACAAGAAUAACAAAAAUAUUUUAGUUGCUGUUUACGAUCUUCAAGCAGUCUUUCAAUGCCCUAAGGGUGAAAUUUCAGUUUUUUACUAUAAGUCAAAACUGAAUGUACUUAACUUGACAAUUUAUAAUAUUCAGACUAACAAUGCUGAAUGUUUCGUAUGGGAUGAAUCAAACGCUAACAGAGGCGUAAACGAAAUCGGCACUUGUGUAUUCAAAUAUCUGAUGAAAGUUUCAGAAACGGCCAAAGAUCUGGAUGUUGUCUUCUACUCAGAUAACUGUGCUGGCCAGCAAAAAAACAAGUUUAUGAUAGCGAUGUACCUAUAUGCUGUACAGACUUUGCCAAAUCUCAAGUCAGUGACACAUAAAUAUUUAAUCAAGGGUCACACACAGAAUGAAGGCGAUUCAGCCCAUUCUCAAAUAGAAAGAGAAGUAAAACGUCAGUUAAGAUCAGGUCCUAUGUAUACCCCUGACGCAUUUAUUGGUGCCAUAAAAGCUGCCAGAAAAAAAGGGGAGCCUUUCCAUGUGAAUGAAUUGAGUUUCUGUGAUAUAAAUGACUGGAAAAAUGUAUGCAACCUGAUGAACUAUGCGCUGGUAAAAGAUGAAGAUAAUAACGCAGUGAAGUUUUCAGGAAUAAAGGUAAUACAAGUUAAAAAAGAGGACCCUAAUGCCAUAUUUUUUAAAGAUUCGUAUGCCGACGUACAGUUCAAGAAGGCCAUCGUUUUGAAGAAGAAUAAGAAGAUAAGUAACAAUACCAAUAUUGAAUUGAAAAAAGCUUAUACUCGGAAACCUGGAUUAGCCGAAAAAAAGAAAAAGGAUAUCAUGGAUUUGGUUAAUAAAAACCUCAUCCCAAGAUAUUAUAAGCCAUUCUUUGAAGCCUUGUAAGUUUUAAUAAUACUGUUUUGGAAAUGAAUGGCAUUUCAGCACAAAAUAUGAGUGAUAUGGUUUUAUCUAUUUAAAGUUUUAAUAGGCGAUUUUUAUGUUUUUUGUUAUUAUAAUGUUUAAGAUUUUGCUCAUAGAGGAGAUUUAUGUUUUGAUAAUUAUUAUUUUUUGUUUAGAAUUUUGCUUACUUUAUAAACAUACGUUUAUAAAGUAAGCACUUAAUUGUGCAAAUUUACUGAUUACUUAGUUUAUGACCGAGACUGAAAACUUAGAUUACUAGUUUUUUGAGAUUAUAUAAUUAAGAUGAUUACAAUGUAAGAAGAAAUAAGCAUAAAGUGAGAAGAAUAUUGAUUACAUUCAAUAAAGGCUGACUAACUGUUGAUUAGUAAUAGUUUUGUCCAAAGAAACCACUGUUUAGCUACAACUAUUUCAUCUGUUUAAUAAAUGUUUCUAAUUUCAACAAUGUGUUUUUAUAUUAUAAUUUAGCAUAAAAUAAAAAUAAUAGCAUCAACAACGUGACAGAUUAAUUUGCUACAUCGUUCUUCUUAUACUUUUUCAGAAAAAAUGUGACAUAUUUUUUCCU